AUGCGAAAGUUGGAUUUGACAGACUUGACGUAAGUAAACAUUUCAUGAUGCUCUCUACCUAUUAGUUGAUAUAUGAUAUUUUUAUUGUUUUUAAGACCUUUUGUCCUAUUAUCUAGGUGAAGUAAUUUCUUCCCUCAUACCAUACUUAGACACAUAAUCAGAAAAUGGAAGGCAUGACAUCUCAAGUCUGUCUGUUUACAUUUGGAGGAAACAUUUUCUUUAUUCACCUAAGAAAAAAUGAUCUUUCAUGUAAAGAGAGGUUCACAAGUUGUCUUUUGAAUCUAUGAUGAUAUGUUUGAAAUGUGGUUUUACUGAUAUGCAAAGACAUUUUUUUUUAAAGAUGAAGAGUAAGCAAAAUGAGUACUGUUCAGCCUGUGAAUAAUACUGUAAGUUUGUGGAUGACCUUUUUUCUUCCAUCUUAUGUACAAUUGUGCCAGUUGAGGUCCUUUACAAAUCACAUAAUAAACUCAUCCUAUCAUUAUUCCGUGUGAUCAACUCUGACCGGUUCAGUAAAACAUUAUUUAGAAAUUCAAAGGUGUAAGAAAAUCCCUUUUAAAAAAUCCCUUUUUAUUUGUUUGUCCAGUUUGUUUCUUGUCUUGUCCUGCCUGGUUUCAUCCCUUUGCUAAGACCUAAUUCAGUUAAGCAAGGUCAAUUUUAACUAAUCCCGUGAAAAUUUUGAGACUGUGCCUUUCUAGUCACGUCAUCUGAUUUUGCUAGUUUUUGGACAACUUAGUUGUGGUUGUAUAAGAUAAGUGAAGGAAAAUGUUUCACUUAGUUUUUAACUGAAAUUAAUAUCUUGUAAACUUUUCUUGUUUCAGAUCUUGUGAUUUUUUUUUGUUAUAAAAUGAAUAUUGUGUGAUCUCUCAUGUAUUUAAGUGGCAAUUAUUUUCAAAUGCAUCUAUCGCAUUGAAUUUUACUCUAUUUUACUAUUGUACGUGGUUUUUUUAAUGAGGCUAUAGUGUUGAACUUUAAUCAUUAGAUAUUACAGUUCUUAAUGUAUUCAAUUUUUCAUCUAAUGUUUUAUCCAUCAGACAAUUGUUUUUAAUCUUUUUAAGCAAAAAAUCUUUUGAUAAAGCUCCAGUAUGAAACAACUUGCUUCAAUUUGUAUAUUAUGACCAUCACACUGCCUUCUACGGUAUGAUACUGCAUUAGAGUAUUUUUAUUCUACAUCAUUAUACAUUCUAGAUGUAAUGCAGCUGCCCUCACACAUGGUACCCAAAUGCUCGGAGGAAAAAACGCAAAGUGGUUUUGCAUGUGGGUCCAACAAACAGUGGGAAAACGUACAGUGCAUUAAAGAGAUUAGAAAGAAGCUCCUCAGGUACUUCCCGGUUUUCUAAUUUUAUUUGUGAAUCGUUGUCUGCUGCACCAGAGAGCUGCGUGUGCUUUUCUUUUUGAUCAAUUUGAACCAGAAAAUAAAUAUUCAUAGCCAUUGGACAGGCAUAUACUGUGGGCCUUUGAGACUUCUGGCAUGGGAGGUGGCAAACAGGUUAAAUAAGGCGGAUGUCCGUUGUGACCUGAUCACUGGACAAGAAAGGGAAGAAAAGGAAGGUGCACGCCACAAAUCCGUGACAGUCGAAAUGGCUGAUGUAAGCAGUGAAUAUCAAUGUGCUGUUAUUGAUGAAAUUCAGGUACGUGGCCAUCCGGAUCAGGUUUCCAUGUAAUUAUUAACUGUAAAAGACUUGCGUGAUUAAUAUACUUUAGUCAAUCAUAUUGUGGGAGGGAAUGAACAUUUCAACAUUUUAAUCUUCCACUCCAUCUGUAUGCUGUUAAACUUUGAAAUUGUUAGAAUGUGGAACGAGUCAUUUUUUUUUGUUCAUCUUCAGAUGAUCAGUUGCAGGACAAGAGGAUUUUCAUUUACGCGUGCAUUGUUAGGAAUAUCUUCAGAUGAGCUUCAUGUGUGUGGAGAUCCCGCUGCAGUUCCUCUUAUCCAGAAGAUUCUUGAAGUUACUGGUGAUACGAUUGAGGUCCUAAAUUUAUCAUUUUGCUUGCUGCAUAAUCUUAGUGGCUGCUGAUGUUACAAUUUUACUUGUUGGAUGAAUAUACCCUCUUGUCUUCAAUCCAUAAUUCAUUAUUGUAAUUUCUGGUGUCGAUUUUUUUCUAUUUCUAUCACGCUGAAAAAAUUAUCCUUUGAACACUGCCAUUUAUAUAUCGGUUGCUGCUGAUCAAAAUCUAUUGGCAGCAUCUGUGAAAUCAUCUUUUUGCUCCUGAUUUUUUCCCCUUAAACCCUUUCCCUGCUGCUGGAAGAUCCACACAACCAAUGUAUAAUUAUCAAUUGAGGUUUGUUAAUCCUGGGUAGCCUGGCUGGCUCAUUUUUCUGUACUUGAGAAAAGCAUGUUUGGUCGAAAGAAUUGGGGGGUGGCCUGGCCCAUACCAGGAAGGACUGGGCUAGGGGUUUUCUGGGACUCUGCCUCCCAUGUGGUGGUUCACUCGCAGAAUCUUCUCAUUUUAAUCAAUGCCUGGUUUAGUAUGCUGCACCUGGGCGGAUUUUAAUUAUACUUUUUGUGGUCUCAACUGCAAAAGUUGUCACUUCUGACAACCUUAAUGGGCGUGUUAGGCCGGAUUUAAAUUAUCCAAUAUUGAAAUGCUCGCUUAUCAUUCAUAUCUCGAUAGUUAGAAGACCCAUGCUGGACUAUGAAACGUGGCCCACGAGGUGGAAAGAAUUUAAAAAAGAUUCGGAGAUAAGUUCCACAACCUCUCUACUUUUUCUAUCCUACCUUAACCCCUCCACAGGAAGAGCUUCACUCUUCCCGUGGAGCUCUUGAUUAAAAUUAUGAGGUAGAUCAUUUCUCCUUUUCUAAAUGCGUGGUUAGUUAAUUGAUUACUCAAAAUCUACGGAAGAAGCGACCUUCAAAUUGUGUCUAGGAAUUUUUUCUUGAUUUUCUUUCUAAGUUAACAUAGUUGUCUUCUCUUAGUGUUUCUAGUCUCCUAUAUCUGCUUCCGCUUGUAUUACUAUUUCUAACCUCGGGAUGUCUUUCUUGUUUAUCACUAGGUUCAAUAUUAUGAUAGGCUUUCUCCUCUUCUUCCUUUAAAGAUGCCACUUGGAUCUUUCUCGAACAUUAAAAAAGGUGACUGCAUUGUGACCUUUUCUCGGCAGGAGAUAUACAAGUUAAAGGUCAGCCUGAAAAAUUGAAGUUUUGAAAUAUGCCUCACUUCUUAUAUGAAUAAUUGGUAGUGCAAUUCUUCUAUUCUGAAUAUCAUUUUCUAAAUAUUGUGCCCCAAACCAUUGCAUGUAAAUAAUUAUUGUACCAGUUUUGCAUAAGUAGCUCUCGUCUGCUUAAAAUGCUAUGAGGCCUUUGCCAAUAGAACGUCAGUGAUGUCAGCGUCUGCAUGUCUUAUCCUAUCAACCAAAGUUGACUAGGUUCAAUGGAACAAUAACAAGAUCUAUAGGUCUGUAAAAGGGGUCAACAAAGCUCAAACCUGCACAUGACGGUUCUGCAGUACCUAAUGAAGUACCUGGAACAUGUAUGCACCUUUGAACCUGUCAGACCACCAGCCGUGGAGAUUUCUUGUUGAAAGAGCCUAAGAGUUUUUUUUUAUUGCAAUUUAAGAUAGUUUUUGGUUUAUUCUGCAAAUUUUUAAUUUUCCAUUCAAAGACUCAGACAUGGUGGUCCAGGCUGGUUGACUAGCAUUCACGGGUACAUUCUCUUUCUGACAUCCUUGACAUAUCAUGUGAUGUGAGAGCCUUUAGUCUGUCAACUGAACUGUGUGGAUUGAUGAGUUGACAUUCGGAGUUCUUUGAAUCUAUUAAACAUAUAUAGUAAAAGAAUUUGGUUGCUGAUAUUUAAUACUUGCCAUUUCUUUCAACUACUGUCUUCUGCUAAAGGAAAAUAAAUUAUUAUUUAUUAUCAUAUCCUCCAACUAAACUGAAGGAUUGGUGAUGACACGUGAUCUUCGCGUUUGGUUGUCUAAUGAUUAUUUUCCUACGUAAAAAGAAAGUGAAGCUAACUUGCCUCAUCCACUGUUUGAAAUCUCCUCCCUCAGGGGUAUCUUCAAUUGGAAAGGUUGUACUGUAGAAAUAUGUUCCUAUCAGUCACUAAAACUUAACCUCUAUUGCUCAAGAAAAUUUUAGAUUUAUGUUGGGGUGAGUGGUCCCUUGUAUAGGAUAUGCAACGCUUUUCUUUUUCCUUUCCAUCCAUAGUUUUGGCGGAUCUCAGACUGUCCUCAUGAUCUAGGAAGGGAAGGAAAAUCAAAUGUGUUACAAAGCAUCCGUGUAUCGGAGGUUGUAGGCCACACUGUUCCAUCACAUACCAAUGAAAAGGAACAUAAACCAACUCUUCCCUCUAUCAUUAGAGGGAUCAAAAAGCGGAUUCGCUCCCCUUGCGUUGCUGUAUUCCCAAAAUAACUCAAACCUUUUUUUUUUGUAAGACCCGCUUAGAAAUCUACAACCGAGGCAAGUAGAACUUUAUCAAAAGUAGUGUUUAUAUCAUCCAUGGGUGCAUCUAACUCCCCAUCAGGUGACUGUAUGAUUUUCCAGGGGAAAGGAACACCUGGCCAGUUAGUUGAUGGCGGGCUGAUGAUUUUCGUAAAAUGUUAGAAUACAUGCUAAUGAAUUUCUUAUCAUGGGAAUUGUACAGUUUAAAACUCUUUCAGACUUCAAAACCUAUUUCGUGGAAAAAUACAUAAUGGCUUAUGUACUUUUUAGUGGAAGAAAAGCAAUUCUUUUUUGAAAUAGGGUAUUUCCGCAAUCAUUGAAUGAAGGUAGAAAGCUUGUAAUGGUGUGUGCCACUGGCUUCUUUGAAACCUCCCCUGUAUGCCAGCUACGUUCUUACCAAAAUGAUUCAGGACAUACUUUUCCCAACCUCCCCAUGAUAAAGUUCUCAGCCCCGUUCUCAUGACGACGAACCUGUCUAAUCUUUUGACCCAAUUAAGUUUAACUCCUGUGUAAUUGCAUUCAACGAGAAGCAAUUGUGUGUUGUAUUAUCUCAAGUAUUGAAAUUAAAGUCCCCACAAUUGCUAUCUGAUUACAUUCAAUUAUGGGCAGUUACAUGCACUGAUGCAUAGUUGUUAAUUAUUUUUCUACUUGAUUACAUAUGAAUUUCUAUUUUCAAACCUUUAAAGCAGAAGUUAGGUGCUAAAUUAUUCAAGUUGGUGCUGAAAUAAUGCAUGAAAGUUGGUAAUGGCAUGCACACUACAGUGCAAGCUUGUUAAAUGUUUUAUCGGUUCUUAGCAGUGUGAUACCUUUUGUUGGAUUUAUUGUUUCAAAUGCCAUUACUUUUCCAUUGUGGCGUUUAAACACUUUUAUUAUUAUUUUGAAUAUCUGUAUCUGUUGACAUCACUUUUGGUUUUUUUACUUCAAUGUGAACAGUUGUUUUCAUUCCUUGAAUUUAUAUAAUAUUAAUGGUUUUUGUGUGCCUAUCUAGAGACGCAUUGAGAUAGAAGGAAGUCAUCUUUGUUCUGUAGUCUAUGGUUCUUUGCCACCAGAGACUCGUACAAGGCAGGUAACUUUAUUCUCAAUAUAUUUUGUAAAAUUUUCUGCCUCCACUGUAGAUGUAUGGUGGCAAAGUCUCAUCUCUUCGUUUGCCUAUCCAAGCUGGAUCAUAUAUUCCUGAAGUUACUACUUGCAUCAUUCUUUUAUAACGUCUUUUUAUUUCAUUUUAUUUUUUUAUCAUUUUUUCAAAUUAUCUGCUGAUCAUUUGUCAUGACAUGAUAUGCUAUAUACACGAUAAUGAGUAUCCUAAAAGAGUGGUGUUUUUAUAGAAAAACUAUUCAUCGAGAAUGACUUUCAUUUCGCAUUGUGACUAAUCCUCAAUUAAACACAUUCUUCACGUGGAAAUUUCGAAAUUAUAAAUGUUGUUAAUGUACUAGAGAAACAGUGCUUUGGUAGCUUAGAAGCUGUGGUUUUGUUAAUUAUGUCUUAAUAGUAUACAAGAACCCCUAGUUCGGAAUUUGGACAACACUUUUUUAUAGCAGAGGUCAACACCUUACAUGAGAUAUGCUGAGUUCCAACUAGUUACCACUUCUAGUUAAAUAUGAAUAAAUGACCAUUAAGUGAUAGUACUUUCUUAUCCAAAAGCUUGCUUUCCAUUUCUCUACACAAAACACCAUUCCUUGAAUAACUGUCAUAACUUAUAGCUGAAAUUUGUCUCAGUACUUCAUUGUACAAGAUACUUUAUUAUGGUAUUUGCAAUUGCACAACCAGUGUGCAAUUUAUUAAAUAUGCCAAAUGUAAUAACUUUCAUAUGUAUCUUUCAAUCAUUAUGGAUGUAGUUUGCUGUGAGACACGUGAGCAAUUAUAUCUAGUCAGAUUAAUCGUUACACAUAAUUUAAAAUAUCUUUUCAAUUCAUCUUCCUAGUUUUAUAUCUCAUUGGAUGACAUCUAACUGUCUUGGCCAUCACAAGCUAAAAUUAAAACUGUUGACAAAUCUUCUAGAACCUUCUUGUUCAACAAUUUAAUACGUAAUUGAUGAAGUAUGGUCAUUUUUAUUAGUUACAUGAGACUAUAAAUUUGAUCAAAUAUAAAAUUACAAGUAUCACUAUUUCCAUUCCUAAUAUUUGAACAAAUGCCUGUGUAUUUUGACUGUCUUCAUUUGUAGUCUUAGGGGAUCUCAGAAUACCAACGUUGUAAAAAAUUUCAGCUUUUGGACCGCGUCUAGGAGAUAAACAACAAUGUUUCUAACAAGAUCUGUCCUUUAUGGCUUUUCUAUUAAAAUGCAGCUACUUAAUAUCAUUUAACUUCUCUAAUGCGUUUAACAUUUCCUUGGUACUAAGUUAUGAAAUCUUACCAGAAUUUUGACUUGUUUGAUAAGCAUAAAAAAUAAAAGUUUCAUAUCUCAAAUUCUCAGAAUGUGAAGAGGGCCUUGUGCCUAGCGAUAUGACAAUAUUAAUGUGCCCACCGAUCAAAUGUGGACAUUGAGUCCAUUGUUAAUGGGUUUAUUAAUCUUAUUGUCUCAUGCUUAGUGAUUUGAAUGAAUACUACUUGGGUUUUUGGCUUAGUGUAAACCUUGUGUUUAAUGACCAAUUUGACUUUAUGCUUAAAUGACUCAUUUAUCUAAAAUAAGUACCGUUGCUAAUGAUCUAAACUGAGAAUAAUGACGCAUAUAGCAUUCAAUGGGUAUCAUCUUUAGUUAGCAAGCUUUGUAAUAACAGGCCUAUAUAGCACAAUCAAAGUUUUUGAAAGCAAUGGUCUACUUGAAUGUUAUAACAAAGGUGGAGCCCUUAAUAAGUUGAAAUCUAUAAAUUAUCAAAUGAGUUUCGUCCUUGAAAGUUGUCAAGUGGGUUUCAUCUCUUGGAGCUUCAAUGGACCUUACGUUUGAAAGUCAUCAAACGAGAUUUAUAUUGAAUUCUAUCGUGUGAAUUUCAUAGUAUCUCUAACAUGCGCGACCAUAUAAAAGCUGUCAAAUGCGCAUCAUCUCAUAACUCUUCAUUGGGCUUCAACUCAAAAGGCUUCACUACAGCAUCUCAGAUGUCAGGAAUGAAUUCCUUUUAUUUGUUGAAUUUAAUCAACAGUGUUCCUUCAGUAGUGGGUGUGACUUGAACUGACUUUGUCAGUGGCAAGGAUCCAACUCCAAGUAAACUUCGAAAGCCAUGGUCCAUCGAUUAGCCUUAACAAAAUAGAUAAUAAAUUACUUCCCGUCUACAAAAUGAACACAAAGGAUAACGAAGUAGAAAAAAAGUGAACAAAAUGUUACAAUAUCCAACUAGGUCAGAUCAAAACAAAGUGUUGGUGCAAUAUUUGCUAAUCAAACUCUUCAGUACACUUUUCAAGUUGUGCGAUCCAUAAAAGUUGUCUUUGAAAGAUGGAAAUCGAGCUCUGAGAUGCUGUAGUGAAAUGAAGAAAGGGAAUGUGGAGCAGUAGAGGAAUGGAAUCAAACGCUUCAUAAAGUGUUUUGAAGUUAUAACCUUCUCUUUUCUCCCUGUCAUAACGGGUAAUAACAGACUCAACAGUCUCCAGCCAUCUAAAAACUUUAGGCUGUUCAGUUUGCACCUGUUGUCUGACCUCCAUCUGAAGUAAUGUACAUUGAUUGGCCCGCUACUUGAUUAAGAUUUGUUUCAUAAGCUGAUAACUGAAUUGGCCAAGAAUCUCCUCUGUCCUGUCUUGCUUCUAUCUGGAAUAACCCAGAAAAGAAAAUAAGGUUUAUAUUUACUUCAUUGAGAGAAGUUAGGGAACUAUAACUAGCUACGCAUAAUAAGAAGAAUAUUUCACCAUUAGUGGUUAUACUUUUACUUUUCUGAGAAAUAUGUCGGUUCUCUUUUCAGGCUUCAAUGUUCAAUGAUGAAAGAAGCGAAUUUGAUGUUCUUGUAGCCAGUGAUGCCAUUGGAAUGGGUCUCAAUCUGAACAUCUCAAGAAUCAUUUUCUCAACGAUGAAAAAGUUUGAUGGAACUGAAACAAGGGAACUUACUGUUCCUGAAAUUAAGCAAAUAGCUGGUAGGUAUCUUUUUCCUGCAUCCAAAGUAUCCUUUCAUUUUGGAAGGCUUUCUUCUUUAUACUUUAUUACAUUGUAUCCUUAUUUACCCACCUGGUAACCUAUGAAUUUCGAACAUAUGUCUCCACUCUGUGCUGGAAUGGUUUUUUCAAGGAUUUUUACUGAGUCUCAGAAACUGAUAAUGCUUUAUUUAGUAUGACAACAUAAUUCCAUUUUUUUUAAUUUUUUUUUGACACUGACCAGGAUUGAUACUUCAAGUUCAUAUCGAUAUAUGCCAAUUCAAUCCUGGCAUUAAUUUAACUGCCACCAAUGAUCGUGUACUUUAUAUCACCUUAGCAUUUGUUGGCAACUGUAUCCAAACAGCUGCAUCUCGAGCAAUCAUUUAUCAGCAAGGAUUGACCCUCUGACCUGGUUAAUGUCAUUGGAUAAUAAUGGGGUAGACUUGUGGCGAAUGUCCGUUUCAAAGGGUUGAAUAUUGAAGACAUCAUGGUCAAGUAUGAACCCGCUCAAAUAAAAAAAUAUUAUUCCCAAUAUCUUACAGACCUUGGAAGAAAUAAACAACUUACCUGAAUCUUGUGAGCUGGAAUCAGUAUUUGAUGGGAAUCAUGGCUUAUUCUGGUCUGGUUCUGAUUCCAGGAAAUAUAAUCCUCACAAAAGCUCCAGGUCUUGUGGCAAAUUGGAACAUGUCUUUAAAAGAAUAAUUUAUCUUCAUGUCUUUGGCUACUGCGAGUCAUUUGCAUUACUUUUUUUUUCUAAGAAUUUAUUCUCUCACAGAAGUUUUGGAUAUUUCAUUUACUGGUCUAGGAAAAAUUCUAUGAAAAAUAAUCCUUCUACUUCUUCUGGAAGCAUAUGUUUUCCAGUUGAGCGGUUAUCUCUGCUUUUUUGUGACACAGAGAUGUCGAGGCCAGUCAAAAUAACAUCUAUUACUAAUCUGAUUCGGGAAAUUUUGUCUACAUAACCUGACAUCUGAGUGUUAGAAUACAGCAAAGGGAUUAAUGGGUAAUAUGUAGCCAGGAGGCUGUUUUGUCCCUCUUGCAUUUUAAUGCAUGAUGCUCUUUCUAUUAUUAAAUCAGAAAUUCCCAGCAGGCAAGAUUGCUUAUUCAACCUUAUUUCAAUUACCGCUGCUAUGAUAUGUGAAGAAUGCCAUGUUCUUCUUAACAUCAUUAAUUUCCUUUCAAUUGUCUUAGUUUUAUUUCAGUUGUUCUAUUCAAACCAUUUCGCUGUCAAGAUUGCUGGUUUAACUGUAUUUCUAAUAACCCCUGUAUUUGUAAACAUAUCAUGAUUUUCAUAACGUCUUUAAAUUGUUCCAGUAGGUACUAUGCACAUUGAGAUAUGAAAGUUUUUCUAGUUUGAAAUAAGAUAAUAUUAUUUAUGGGUGGGAGAGAAAAUGCUCUUUAUCAAACUGCUAGAUUGUGUUCUUAUAGGGCGUGCUGGUCGAUAUGGAUCCAAGUUUCCUGUUGGAGAGGUUACAUGUAUUGAUGCUGAUGAUUUGCCCCUGCUUCAUUCAUCUCUAGAAGCUCCCUCUCCUGUUUUGGAGGUGAUGCAUUCUCUCCAUUUUUAUAUUGUGAUGACGAUCAUGUACAGCAAUGAGUUAUUUGUCUAUUUUUAGAACUGUGUUUUCCUAUUAACUGCACUUGUGCCAUACUCUGUACAAUAAGUUUUAACGUGAAAACCGACAUUAACUUAAGAUAUGUUUCACUCACAAGUAAAUGAGCUCUGACCUUGCAUAUAGUUAAUUACUAUCGAAAGCAAGUAAAGUCCGCUCAUCUUUCAACGAGUUUUGACCAUGUGGGUUCAAACUAACGAUUAAACUGUGUUCCAUUUUCUAAGACUAAACAAAUUUUGUUUGCUUGCUACUUUUUUGGGAUCAUUCCUUUGAAUAUCAAGAUGGUACUUGAUAUCUAAACGUAAUUAAAAAAUUGAUAGACAAUACUAGAAAGUUGUUUACAAGUUCCAUAAAUAUUCAAAACUGAAGAGAAUUUUUUAAUAUAUUGACUAGUUAUCAAAGAAUUACAAAAAAUGCGAACCUUAACACUGCUUUAAGUUCCUAAGAUAAUCACAAUGAGACUUGGACUUCAGAAUAAAUUGCAUAAAUAUCUAUAACAUAUUAGACAUUUCCUGAGAGAGUAUAGAUCUCAAACAUCCUUGAGAAAGUUUUCAAAUGGACAAAAUACUCAAACUGCGCGAAAUACUGAAAUUCCAAGUAAUGAACGAAAGAAGAAAUAAUGAACAGAUCUACCUAAGCAAGACCCUGAUUUUAUAAAAUCAACGUUGUCUUUUCGUCAAGGCAUCAUGUGCAUUAAGUUAAGUAACGGUAUUUUUCCUUUAAAAGUAUGCGCUUAGACGAUAUUUUAGUAUGGACGACUCAAAUUUUAAACGAAGCGAUAAUGCCUAUUAAUGUGACCAAUAAGAUAAAAGAUAAUUAUGCUAAUAAAGCAAUGAUACAGCAGAUCAACAUAAAUACAUUAAAACUAUCAACUACUGAUGUUAGAGAAUUUGUGAUGUAUAAAAUGUUUUUUAGACUUGGUUGCUGGCCAUAUAAAGUCAGGGUGCCUCACUUGCAUUUUCUUUGGAAACCAACUGACUUCAUUGAUGAGUGUGUGGCUCCAAGUUUAAUGUGAUCUUUCAGUUCAUGUAGAUUCUUUAAUUUCAUGGUUGAGUUCUAAAAUGCUUUCUUGAUCGUCAGAUUGAAAUGUAAUUAGUUGAGUAUAUGGUACGUUUUUUUUAUGUGCCGUGUCAACACUAAUUUCAGCCAAUCUUGUCUAUUGACCAAUAUGAAACAUGAAAAAUAUAAUAAUAUUACCAUUGGACCCUGUAAAAAUGGGUCAUGAAUUUUCAGACCGGAUAUAUUCGAAACUCGAGCCUCUGUUAUGUUUUAUUUUGUUUUUUGCCUGUUUUUACCCUAGUUUCAAGAUACACCCGCAUCAAGCUGGCUGUAUGUAACAGUGGAAUGCAUGCAUUUAAGGUGACCUAUUAUUAAGGCUUUUACAGUAAAAAAAGAAAGGUAUCAUUGGGUGCUUUUUUUGUGAAAAGUCCUGUAAAACAGCCUGGAAAGUCCUCUUCUCAGAUGCUGUGAUCCUCUUAAAGGUUUUACAAACUUUUACCUGUGUGAUAUGCCAUCUAGUCUCUUGGGGUAAUCUUGAUGCCUUUCUUAUGAUAUUUCUUUGUAUUGUAUGUCAUCUUCUAUCUCACGAGGUUAUUAAAAUUUCUUAUGCAGCGUGCUGGAUUGUUUCCCACAUUUGAUCUGUUGUCCCUCUAUUCACGAGUACAUUUGACGACUGAUUUCCACCCUAUAUUGGUGUGUACUUCUUUCCAUAUCUUAUUUUUUAUCUUUGCUGACUGUGUGCGACAUUGUAGACUUUUUUUCUUGCCAAGACAUAAUCUAUGUAUAGAUACAAAAACAACAGUUAGACCUUGAAUGGGUUAUAAAGUUAGUCAUGUUCUAGAUUGUGCAGCAAAUUUCUGCUGGCGUUUUACUUUAAAUUUCUUAUAUAGGUGUCUUUUAACACAGAUUCUCAUAACGUUUGUGAUUUCGAUCUUCACAGGUAUAAUGCCAUGUCAUAUUCUUGACCUAAAAUAAUAUGCAUGUGGUUGGUGUAUUUUAUGCCUGACUAUCAAACUACAGGCAAUAUUCAAAUGUUGUAACUGGGUAAGACUGACGUCAUUCUUCUAGGUAAAAAGUUAGUUUUUAGUUCUGGAUUAGGACUCUAUGAAUCCAUCUAAACCCUGGGAACUAACUCAGAUUACAUCUCACCAGUCUGACUUGUGCAUCUGACUUUGACAAGACGCAAACAUCAGAAUAAUAUAGAUGGAUUCCUUGUUACUCCUGUAUGGUUAAUGCUCUUAGCUUCUGGCAGUGGUCCUUUGCUUUGUUGUUGUCAGCAGGUUGGAGACAAUGAAAAAGAGGAAAGUCAGGAAGUAAAGAUAUAAAAGGUGUACUCUUAUGUUUAUUCAUACACUUGAAAAUUUAAGUGACUUUGCAUCUAAAUCGUUGGAGUUACAGUUUUCAUGUACACAAUAGAGAAUAUUUAUCCACAAUAAAGUUCCCUAUUCGAGGAGAUGAGAAAACUCUUGUUUCCUCAGUUACAGAAAGUGUGGUUGUGGAACAACAUUUUCUUGGUUGUGUGACUUUCACCAUUUGGAAAAGGUAAGAACACUUUGAAUAGCAUGUUAAGGUAGGGAAUGACCCUUGCACCAAUUGAACUUUUUUCCCUCAAUAUUACGGCCAUUAGUUUGACAAGUUCAACUUGCAUUUCCGUGUCUAAUCAGGGUUAAAUAUGAAGCAAAAUGAAAUCAUAGUAAUGCCUUUUUAUCUAGGCGGCAAUCUAAGGCUGAUGAAUUUAGUCAAAUAAUGGAUUUUCAUUUGAUUAGUGUGUAAGCAUCAGAGACGACAUCCUGUCAACGGAGUGUCUGAUAUAUGCAAUCAAAGUUGUGAAGAUCUAGUGUAGUUUUGUAAUCAUCUCACCUUCCUUUCCUCACUUGAUUAUGCAAGUUAGCUCGUUGAUACCAAAAAGACUUUUAAAGAGGUACUAAUAGAAUUUUACAGUCCAGACAAAGAGGGAGUGUGGCAAGUUUGGAACGUAUGGUCCAUUAGUCACUAAUGAGAACCUGUCCAUCUAAUGGCACUACUAGAUAUGUGAAUUUCUUGAUGCCAUAAGGUUGUGAAAGAAACCCUGUCAAGUGUAGGAAAAGCAUAAGGAACAUGAAACUCGGCAAAGGAGAAGAUAAGAGUUGUGUUACUAACAGCAAACCGUCACUUGAUAACUAACACUCCCUGAUAAUCUUUUAGACUUUUGGAUCUUAUGUUUGGAAUUAAUUAAAUUAUCCGGAUUUCGCGAUCAUUUAGGGGCAAACUAUAUGUCAUGAAGGGUAGGGCAAACCCUAGGAGGAUAUGCAGAGGAAAAAGCCAUUGUAUUCGAAUCAAAGAUGACUGUUAUAUACAAGUACCAGGGCCAUUGAACAAGGAAACAACCUAACAACUAGGAAACUACCUAGCAACUAGGAAACCAACAAACUAGGAAACGGUCCAACUAAGAAUCGAACUCCUAAUUACACGUUCUUUCCCUCGCUAUACAACUAUUAUAUUCUGAUUUGGUAGAAACUAAUAGUCUGGUAACAUUUGACUAGUAAUUUAUAUACUCUCUCACAUUAAAUCUUAUAGGUUUCUGACAAAGGGUCAUCUAUCUGCUCUGGUGAUAUAUUUCCUGAUGUGCAUACCGUAAAGAAAAAAAUAUUAUCAUUGUAGACACUAGGAAGGACUCUCGUUUUAGUUGUUCAUAUUAUUCCGUUGCCAUGUACGUGACUAUUUUGAGUACAAACUUUUGUCAACAUCUUGAUGUUGGUGGAGAACAAUGAGUUUAUUAGUUUUAAACUUUGUCUCUUCAAGUGGGUCUCUUCUUAAUGUUUCUUUAUCAUCCGAAAACUAGGUUAUAAAUUGAUGUACAUACAUUUCUGCCAACAUUUAGCAUAUCAAUUAAUGGUCUGGAAGGUGGUCAAUUUUCAUCAUUGGAAGUUUCUGGAUCAUUGAGCACUUGGGUCUUUUACAUCCACAGUUUGAUCGGUUAUGAACAUAUUUCUUUGGUGGAUCUCACGAACUCUAGCUUAAACAUCUGGUGAUUAGUUAUAUCUGACAGUUUGAUAUUAGGAGAAAAAAAUUCAAGCCUGUCUCUCAUUAUGAUGUUUCUGUUCAUAUUUCAUAUAUUAAUUAUAGCCGGAUUAAUUAUAGUACAGUGAUACCUUCUUUGAUUCUUUUUUGUUUUUAUCAUUCUUUACUAUCACGUCUCUGAUUGGCUGAUGUUUCUUAAUUUUGUUUUCACGACUUUGUUCUUCAAUUUUAACUUGUUUGCUGGAGCUAAUAUAUCGGACAACUUAUUUUUUCUUUUACAACGAAUUGUAUUUCCAAUUUCAGUGACUAUCUGAUUUCUUUCAGGAACGAUUUCUGGAGAAGGCUAAGUUAUCUCCGAACUACUUCAUAUCCGACUGUGAACAAAUGCUGGUACGCUAGUGUUAAUCUGAAGAGGGUAUUUAUUGCAUAUCUAAUUGUAUUAUAUAUGUUUGUUCGAGUUUUUUCAGAAAAGGAACUAAAUCAUGGCGCUUCUAUGAUAUUGUUAAGAAGAUCACUUUUUUCUGACAAAUGAAAAGGACAUCUGUUAUAAACGAGGACUAAUUGUGCAUCCCAAACUUAGACAUCAGCCUCCUUAUAUACAUCUCAAGUGAAUACAACUUCAGUAUGUAUAAUACAUGGCAAACUAUAUAAUAUAGAAACUUCAGCGUUAAAUCAAGAGAUAUUUGUGUACCCAGCAAAACUAAAUAUAAAGAAUAGGAAAGUACUAAAAAAGAGAAACUCUAAAUAUAAAUAUCUCUUGAAUGUACCAGACCCUUUAAACUGUAUACUCAGUUCAUUGUUGGUACUUGCGAACCUCCUCUAUUGUUGUCUAGCAAUAGAGGCUCACUCAUGAUACUUCAGUUGUACAUUUUUGCUUUCUCUUAGAUGUUCAUCAGUCUCCAAUUUGGAAGAUGGAAUAUGCAGUUUGAUUGCUAUAACAUUCUAGUGUCCAAAGAGGGGAAAACUACAUUAUGUCAGUUGUAAUCGUCUUACAGGCUAUUUUGGAGUGUGGUGAUGCUUACCAGCAUAUGAAAUAUGGUCCAAUUAAGCUGAAAAUGUGAAAGUUACCCAAUCUUCAAAGAAAAAAUGGUAGAAGAAAAUAAAACAUGGAAAGUGGUGGUAAUGAAGAAUGUGGAUAGAUGCAUUAAUAAACAUGCGAAUUGUAAUAUAGAUUGAAAUGAAAUUUAUUACAAAUGAAAAAUAAGAUGAAAACAAGACAAAUCAUGUAAUUAACAUUAAUUUAACUCAACAUCCUCCCAAUCACUUUUUUCAGAGGCUAAACCAUGUCAAAGUUAUGCCAAAAGUUGUUCCGAAUUUUCUCCUAAUCACAUUUGUCAAAAAAAUCUUCUGAUGUUUUCAUGAUGUUAUAGCAUAACUUAUUCAAUUCAUUUCUAACUUGUCACCUUCUGAUAGACCAGAUAAUUUUGUAUUUUGAUAUCAUAUUUAGGCCCAUCUAUGAAUUUGGCCUUUCUAAGUUUAUUUCAAUCUGGAUCCUUUGGAAUGAUUUAAGUGUUAGUUUUAUCCUUCAAAAUAUUGAAUUCAACGGGUUGACUACGUUUCGAUGAAGCUAGAAAUAAACAAAAUUUUAUUUCAUUUCAAAACAUGUAUAAAUUUGUACAUAGGCCUAAAACUUUGUGCAACUUAUUGGAUUUAUCCUAUUUUAUGAAUGUAUCUAACAAAACCCAUUUGAUAGCUUUUUGGGCAACACUUGCUUGAGAUUUUACGAGAUGAAGCUGAUUUGAUAGUUUUUGGACUGGACUGUGUGAAUUUAUGGGAUAAAGCUCAUUCGAUAUCAUUUUGGCCAACGUGUCUUUGAGAUAUAUGGGAUGAAGCCCAUUUGAUAGCCUGGUGGGGCGAAGCUUAGUUGAAGGUUUAAAAGUAAACCUCAUCUCAUAAUAUGUGAGAUAAAUCGCACUUGAACUCAUUGUUAAUGGGCCUAAUAAUUUGAUACGAGAAAUGAACCCUUAUAGUCUUAUGUCUACUAUGUAUUCAGUGGCACAGUGAUUUUAUGUGAACAUUAUGACUUUCUAUUAAUUUUUUCAAGCAGUUUCUACUCUCCGAGUUGUUUAAGACAAUCCUUUAUGGCUAUUGAUGAGUGAACUCGCCUUAGAUACUAGGGAAACCACCUAACCAAUUGAGAGCAAAGCCACGCCGUUUCUGCUUUGCUAUUGUUGUUGCCAUAGAAACUCAAAGGGAGGAUUUCACUACCAUAGCUAUGAAAAUUGAGGAGCCUAUAUGGACAGGGCGGCCGGAAUCAUUAGAGUUUCUGUCCAAUUCUGAAGGAAGGGAAUAAGGAGUGCUUGCAUUCAUCAUGAAGGAAGAAGGAACCUUUGGUUUGGGGAGCGUAUUUCAAGGAAAAAAAUAUGACUGAUCGCUCACAGUACAAAUGGAAAAGAAAGAAUAGCAAAUUACUUGCAGGAGUCAUCAUGAAGAACUUAAACAAAUGUGAGGAUUGUUGGGACGUGUAUGAUUACUGGGGAUGAUUAUAGUAUCCAGAUUAAAAUAAACCCAUGAAGCACCAAUUCAUAGAUGGGGCUGAGUAUGAAACAAAAAACAAAUAUGUUAAGUUAUCAAAAGAUAUGGAAAAUAAUUAGUUUGGAAGAAAGUGAGAAAAAUCAUGUUACAAAAACCUACUUAUUUUGUUUUUGUUUGGCCUGUCUUCACGGUGGUAGAUAAUAGUUGAUUACUUAAAUGAUUGACUUGGAUCGUGCAGACUCAAGUUGCUACUCAAGCAGAAUCUAACAGAAUCACUUCUGACUCCUAUAUGCCUAUGAAAUUCUUAAAAGCUUAAUUUACAUGAAUCUUUAUCCGAUGAACGAUCUAAAAAAUAUGUCUACUAAUCUGGGUCCCCACAAGUACUUGUGUCAUUUAUUUCUGACUUGACACGUUCCAUUGCACCUCAAGAGUCUUUGACUGUUACUUUCGAUUUGUUUGCUUAUGGACCAUCUAAUGUUCUACCCUGUAUAAGCAAUCUUAAUGUAUUUCAACUCCAUACAUGAACACUAGUGUACAAAAUGCUUUCAGUCAUUAGGCAUCUUUGGAGAAACUGAUUUGGUAGAUCUGCAGGAAGCUGCAUGUUUCAGAUAGAUGAAUUGAGAUAUUGGACACGGGGGAGUCAUCCCGAAUCUCAGGCAUGAGAACUUGGUCACCAUUAUGUAUCUGUUGAGACGCUCUGGGUCAACCCGGAAGAAGGACGCUUGAAUGGAACAGGAAAUCGAACUAGAACGGAGUUUUGAGCAACUCUGUCCACAAUAGCAGCAAAACGGAAGAGAGGGUUGGGGAGUCCAGGGGACGAUGCCGUAGGGUUCGAGUUCUCCUGGUUGAUCCCUUUUCCGGAUGCCCUAACUUUUCCCUUUAGGCCCCCUUUUGUGUCUCAUUCGACAGGCAGCCCUAUUCCAAAUUAUUCUCUAAUCCUCACUAAGUUUCCCCUCCUCUUACGGUUAUGUUACACUGAUUGUGAGCCUAGAGGCAGGCCGGGCUGUGGGCAGAAAUUAUACUUGGAAGGGUUUGUAGUUAUGACUCCUGGAAAAAUGUCUUUUAUAAUAGACAUGAUCAAAUUUGUAAGCAAUCUAGCAUUAUCUAUUUUAAAAAUGUUUCCAGUGAACACAGAAACAUUAGUUACUAUAUGCUAUUCUUGCAAAUUUUAUUUAUUAUGAAGUAAAUUGCAUUUCCUAAGACCAUAAGUAAUUGAGUGGUAAUUUCAAUUGAUUAUACUGUCGGUUUCUUUAAACCUCAGUUCUGUUGCUUCUGCAUAACAUUGCUUCUUCGUCUACAACAGAAGGUUGCAGCUGUUGUUGACGAGCUGCCCUUGGAUUUGAAGGAUAAGUACCUUUUCUGCAUAAGGUAAGCUGUUUCUAAGACAUUGCAUUUGAAUUGUGAGGAUAUCUGAUUUUUCUCCCAAACAACUUAAUCUUCUUUUUUGAAAAUAUUAGUAUUCAUUCGAUUGUUUUUUUUGGCAGCCCAGUUGAUAUGAAUGAUGAUAUAUCAGCUCAGGGUUUGACACAGGUGAGAACGUUCCAAAAAUUGUCCGUAACUAAGACAGAAAUAGUAUCUGACAUACAUAGCACACAUGGGAAGAGCAGUUUGCAGAAAAUUAUGCCAAAAAAGGGCUCGUUAGACUGAGGGAGAUAUUUACGCCUGGAAUGCUGAAGGUGCCAAAGUCACACAAGGCACUCAGGGAGCUUGAAUCCAUUCACAAGGUAGCAUUUGGCUUUCUAAAGUACCUCGAAUUUUUCCUUGCUGGAGUUUCUUUUGAAACAAUAUCUCUUUCAAAGGUUUUCUGAUUUGUGACGGUAAGAAACGAUAAUAAAUACGCUGUUUGAAAUGAGUUAGGAACAUGUUUCAAAAAAUUUAAUCAAUAUAUAAGCUGAAAAAUUGAUAGCAUACCUGCUAGACUCGUUUUUGCGAUUGUCUGGUCUCAAAGAGCUAGAAAUUCAGACAAAAACAUGUUUCUAUGUGCCGCUUUCAGUUGCACCUUUGUAAGCAUAUUUGAUCCUUUAGGAGCUUAGUUGUUUGGUAGUACUUUGUCUAACUAGCAUCUGAAGACAUCUUGGUCUUUUCUUCUUCCCUUUCUUAUUCUUUUAUUGGAUUCGCGUAAAUAUAAUUUUGACAAAAAAUUAUGCUUCUCGAAAUGUUCUCUGCUCUUGGAGUUAUACAGUGAUAUGCUAACGGGAUCCUUAUAUGAUGUAUAUAAGGUUUUGGAUCUCUAUGUUUGGUUGAGUUUCCGAAUGGAGGAUUCAUUUCCAGAUCGAGAGACUGCUGCUUCACAGAAGGCAAUGUGCAGCUUGUAAGUCGAGAAGUUUCUCAUAGUUUUUGCCAUUGCCUGAGUCUGAUUUUACUUUUUUGUUUUACUAGGUUGAUUGAACAAUUUUUGGAAGGGUUUGGAUGGAAGCUGGCAAAGGCGAAAAUGGUUGGGAUCCACCAUGAUAUCAACUCUUAAUUUUCCAUCACAGUUGACCAGCUACUGUAAGAAUUUAUUUCCGCAUAUGCCAGACAAGUUUGCUUUUUGUUAAACUGGUGGACUCACUUCAAUCAAUGA